CCGAGGAAAAAGACUAAGAGCAAGAGUAUUUCUCGGAUUUGUGGUGGUGUUGUGAGAGUGGUUCUUGUAUUGGGUUUGGUUUUGGGCUUGGAAUUAGGGUUUUCAAACCCGAAUUCACGGAGGAUAUUGUGAGGAAUGAUGUUGAGAGAUCACGGGCUGCUUGAGAUAUGGAUUCGAAAGUUGGGAUUUUCGGAAUAUGAAUUCGAGAGCGUUGGUAAGAACAGAAAGGUGUCGAGCUGCAGAGAUUCGGAUACCAAAUGGAAAAUCAAUCAGAUGUUGAACUUCUCAAAGUGCAUUCUGUGCAAAUCCAUCACUGAAGAGGUGAGCAUUUGCAGACAGCGAAAUCUCGAGGUUGAUCAAAUGUCCUAUCAGGCCGAGUGGCUGAGAUUUUCAACAGGAAAUCCUACUGGACAAUCAACCCAUCUUCUCGAUUCUCUUGGAAUCUUAGGAAGCUAAUAGGGCUCAAGGAAUUGGUAAGGCCGCUGCUCAAGAAGAAGCUCGGGGACGGACAUAACACAUACUUCUGGUUGGAUAAUUGGACUGACCUUGGUCCAUUGAUCGGGAGAACAAGGACCCCGACAACUGCGUAUUCCAUUUCACGCCAAAGUAAAUGAAGCUACAGACAACAACGGAUGGCAUCUUCCGGCAGCUCGCUCAGACACGACACAAAGACUACAGCAGAUUCUGACAACCAUAGAGACACCUUCGUCAGAUAAGGGGAGUGACACAACCUUGUGGAGAUACGGCGCAACCACAUUCACGACAAUUUUUAGCACAGCGAGAACAUGGAGCCAGCUGAGAUCACAAUCCUCGGAAGUACCAUGGGCAAGGAAUAUUUGGUUUAAACACACCGUAUCACGAUUCACGACACGCUUCGUUCAGUGGCAAGCCAGCUCAUAGAGGUUGCCAACGAAAGAUCGGUUGAAUCGAUGGGGAGCUCAGACGGACACAACCUGUUGUCUUUGUAUUCAGGCAGCAGAAUCGCAUGACCACCUUUUCCUUGCGUGCUCGUUUAGCUCCGGGAUAUGUAAGCAUUUUGCUUAUAGGAUUAGACCUGAUCAUCCACUCCUCUUACCGCAAAUCCACGGAUGGAUCGAGGCAGCUGGCCAAUGCAGGGACAAACAAAGGGGGGCACUUGCUAAGAUCACUUUGCAGGGACUCAUAUAUCUGGUCUGGCGAGAGAGGAAUAACCGAAUUUUUCGAUCUCAGCCCUCAGAACCAGUUGUCAUUGGACACAAACUUGACCGACUCGUGCGAAAUGUUAUUUUGUCAGCCAAGAAAGAAUUGCAGUCAGGAGAAAACUUACUCUUGUAGAAUUGGUUCUACCUAACAAGCGCUAAUAGCCCACCAUGAUUGUCAAUGUUUAUGUCCUUUUGUUCUUUAGUUUUUUUUAAAGUUGUUCUCGUGUAAAUUCUGCUUUUUCGUACGGUUGCUCGACCGGAGUUGCGCUCAACCGGAGUGUAUUUAAAACUGUUUUUUUA